UAGUAACUUUAACAAGGAUCGCACACAUCCACCGCCACCGCCGUUACGCUUCUCUUCUCUUUGUUAUACACAUUUACUCAUCCACCACUUGCCGGUUGACUCACUUCCUCUCCUUCUCUUCUUCUUCUUCUUCUUCUUCUUCUUCUUCUUCUUCUCGAGCUCCCUCUUCAUUUCAAGUGAAGUGGGUUAUUCCUCGUUGCUUCUCUGAAUGACUGAUUUGUUUUGAUUUCAACAAGAGAGCUUGAGCUGAAUGGGGUCCAAGAUUUGCAUGAAUUCCUCAUGUGGAACUGCUACCACCCGUGAAUGGAAGAAAGGAUGGCCUCUACGAUCUGGAGGAUUUGCUCAUCUCUGCUACCGUUGCGGCUCUGCCUACGAGGAUAAUGUUUAUUGUGAUACGUUCCACGUGGAGGAAUCUGGAUGGAGGGAGUGCCGCUUAUGCAGCAAACGUCUUCACUGUGGUUGCAUAGCCUCCAAGUAUCUGCUGGAACUCCUAGAUUAUGGAGGUGUUGGGUGUACCAGCUGUGCAAAGAGCUCGCGAUUUCAUUCGGUUAGAAGAAUUCAGACUCAUGGGGAUGAAAUUCCCAAAGGAUUUAGUGGAUUGCCAAUGAAUAAUGCUGGAUCCAUUGCUGUUGAAGGUAAAGCAGUUGGUGAUCAUGUUGAUGAGAGAACACUUGCCCAAUUGUGCAAAAUCAUGGAGGUUACUGAAUGCAACCUAUUGCCUCAAUCUCAGAGAGGUGAUGCAAAUGCAUCUCUUGGGCAACGCAGAGGAGAGGAAGUCACGUGUCCCAUUGGGGAAGUGGGUGCUGGGUUUUCAAAUGCUAUGCAACCAUAUGUUCAACCACCUAGCUUUGCAAAAACAAACAAUGCCAGACCAGCAUUAGACAUUAGAGAUCUUCAUGAUUCACUUUCACAACCUUCUUUGAAUAUGACUUUGGGAGGACUAUCUGGGAAUCCAAAUUUUGCACUACCUUUUCCCAGUGGGCUAGCUGAUGGAAAAGAACAGGGAAAAAUGGCUUCCUCUUUUCAACAAGGGCAACGAUCUCGUCCAAUAUUGCCCAAACCCUCAAAAAAUGGUCUAGCAACAAGUUCAGAGGUGAAUAAAAGUGUGGUUCCCCAGGCACGGAUUGCAAGGCCACCGGUUGAGGGGCGGGGGAAAAAUCAUUUACUUCCUCGGUAUUGGCCAAGAAUUACUGAUCAAGAGCUGCAAAAACUAUCGGGAGAUUUAAAAUCUACCAUUGUGCCACUAUUUGAGAAGGUUCUAAGUGCCAGUGAUGCUGGUCGAAUUGGUCGAUUAGUGCUUCCAAAAGCAUGUGCUGAAGCAUAUUUUCCUCCCAUUUCACAAUCCGAAGGCCUUCCUCUAAAGAUUCAAGAUGUAAAUGGGAAAGAAUGGACGUUUCAGUUCAGAUUUUGGCCAAAUAACAAUAGUAGGAUGUAUGUCUUGGAGGGUGUAACACCUUGUAUUCAGUCCAUGCAACUUCGAGCAGGCGAUACUGUAACAUUUAGUCGAAAAGAUCCUGGAGAAAAACUUGUUAUAGGGUUUCGAAGGGCGACAAACACUGAUACACAGCAGGAAGGCCAGACAUCUUCCCUUCCUAAUGGUGCACAUUCUGGGGAAACUUCACAUUCUGGUGGCAUUGAGAAUUUGUCUACAGUGAGUGCUUAUUCCGGUCUUCUUCAGACCCCAAAAGGUGGCAAGGGUCCUCUUCUAAAUGCUCUGUCCGAACAUUUGGGUUUACCAGAUGGAAAUAUUAGUUGGGGUAGAGGUGAUAACCAUGGAGAUGGAGCAAAUGAGGAUCCAAUGCAGCAGCCAGCAGUGAAUGCAGAGAAGAGGAGGACAAGAAAUAUUGGGUCCAAAAGUAAGAGGUUGCUGAUGCAUAAUGAAGAUGCGUUGGAGUUAAGGCUUACAUGGGAAGAAGCACAGGACCUGCUUCGACCACCCCCAAGUGUUAGGCCUAGCAUUGUGACUAUUGAGGACCAUGAAUUUGAAGAAUAUGAUGAACCCCCUGUUUUCGGAAAGAGGACCAUAUUUGCUGCCCGGCCUUCUGGGACUUCCUGUAGGGGACAGGAGCAGUGGGCCCAGUGUGAUGAUUGCUCCAAAUGGCGUAGGUUACCUAUAGAUGUUCUUCUCCCUCCAAAGUGGACAUGUUCAGAUAAUGUUUGGGAUUCAAGCAGGUGUUCAUGUUCUGCACCAGAGGAGAUUAGCCAAAAGGAACUGGAGAAUCUUCUUAAAGUGGGUAGAGAUUUGAAGAAGCAAAAACUUCCAGAAAGCCCUAAGCUGGCCCCUGAUUCUGAACCUUCAGGCUUAGAUGCUCUGGCUAGUGCUGCAGUUUUAGGAGACAAAUUGGGCGAUGUGGGGGAGUCUUCAGUUGGAGCUACAACAAAACAUCCCAGACACCGCCCUGGCUGUACGUGCAUUGUUUGCAUUCAGCCUCCAAGUGGAAAGGGAAAGCACAAGCCUACAUGCACCUGUAACGUGUGCUUGACUGUAAAGCGCCGGUUUAAAACGCUCAUGCUACGGAGGAAGAAACGCCAAUCUGAACGUGAGGCAGAAAUUUCCCAGAAGGAUAAUAAUGAGCACAAGGAUGAACCAGAGCUGAAUGACACAAGACACGGUCAUUCAGAGAAUGAAGGAAGCCAAAGCAGAAUUCAAGCUGAGGUGGCUGAGACUAGCACCGGACAAAUAGAUCUGAAUUGUCACCCCAAUCGUGAAGAGCUGCAACUUGAAGUACCAGGAUUGAAUAUGACGAGUCUUGUUCAAACUACCGGCAUGCCAGUAGAAAAUUAUAUAAAGCAAAAUGGGAUUGCAAGCUUAAUGAGUGAGCAACAGGGUAGCCUUACUUCUCAUUUACUGUCACAAGCUAAUAGAGAGAAUGACAGACACCUUUCAGAUGAAGAGUUUCUUGCAUCUGUUGGAUGGAAGCGUGACAACAGAAGUGAUGAAGGGCAUAAGGAGUCCAGUAUGGAAAGAAAUGGUCUUCAAUGAUAGUCUCCUCCAUUUUCUACUUUUUUGUUUUUGGGUGGGUUUAUUUAACAAGUAUAAUAGUUUUGUUUUGCCUUUUUCCAAUUUGUUGUGUUCGUCUCAUACCUCCACAUGCACUGUAAUUUCCUUGUUAAGUUGCUCCAAGUAAAAUGUAACUGAUAGAUCAUAUGCCCGAAAUAAAAAAAAAAAAAAAAAAA